CUCAAAUUUUUUAAUUUCUUAUGUUUUAACCGAUAACGCUUAAUCCCGUUGGAGUACUUCCAGCGGUGCCAAGUGUCAACGUAAUGGUUAACAAAUUAUUUGAAAAUUCACUAAAUAUCAUGUGGCAACUCUUGAAAAUUUCAACUGCCAGCUGACGGUCUUUUUGCGUCAAUACGAAAUUUUUUACCUUGACAGUUUUUUAGAUUUUGCAAUAAACGUCAAUAAGCGUUGUGGUAGAGUGUGGAUUAUUGGAGAGCAGCAGCUGCCGUCGCGUCUAAAUUGCUUCAUACAUUCAAUUAAAUAUAAAAAGUACCCGAAAUGAAUUCGGCCAACAACAGUGCAGCUUCAGUUAAAAUGAAUGGUACAAGCACGACGAAUGGAAUUGCAGAAGCGACAACAAAAACAAAUGGCAACGGCUGUUUUAGGGACGACGAUUCAUGGAAAGAAAUCUCCAUUGAUGUACCUUGGGGUGUUGUAGCUGGCAAGUGGUGGGGCCCACUCAAUCGCCAGCCCAUCCUCGCUCUCCAUGGUUGGCAAGACAACGCCGGCACAUUCGACCGAUUGUGCCCGCUACUGCCCGCGCACAUUCCAAUUCUUUGCAUUGAUCUGCCCGGUCAUGGCAAGUCUUCACACUACCCAAUGGGCAUGCAGUAUUUUAUCUUCUGGGAUGGCAUAUGUCUUAUUCGGCGUAUCGUGCGCCGCUAUGGAUGGGAAAAUGUGACACUACUGGGCCACUCCUUGGGCGGCGCAUUGACAUUCAUGUAUGCCGCCAGUUAUCCAAACGAAGUGGAGAAACUCAUCAACAUCGACAUUGCUGGUCCCACAGUACGCAGUAUUGAACGCUCUGCAGAAACGACUGGCUGGGCUUUAGAUAAAUUAUUGGAUUAUGAAAACUUACCACAAGAUAAGAGGCCCUGCUAUAACUACGAAGAAAUGAUUAAAUUAGUUGUAGAUGCUUACGACGGUUCGGUGGAUGAGGACGCAGCUAAGGUAUUAAUGAGACGUGGCAUGGCACCGAUAGCGAUAGAAAAAGAGGAUGGCUUUAAUUUUGCCCGUGAUUUGCGUUUGAAAGUCAGCUUGCUGGGCAUGUUCACAGGUGAACAAGUCUUGACUUACGCUAAGCGUAUACGCUGUAAAGUACUCAAUAUACGGGCUGAACCUGGCAUGACGUUCCAGAAUCCACAAAUCUACAUCGAUGUCAUUGAGACGCUAAGAAAGAACGCAGAAUUGGUGAUAUUUGAGAAAGUACCUGGUACGCACCACUUGCAUUUGGUCACACCGGAGCGAGUGGCGCCCAUCAUCACUGAUUUUAUAUUGAAAUCGUAAAUCAGUUGGUGGGACAUUGUGGAGGCUUCAAUCUAAUACAUAUGUACAGUUAUAAUAUACACACAAACACACAUAUAUUUAUAAGAAAUGAAAAAUUAGUAAGUUCUUCAUACAAAUAAGACAUAUGCGAGGUUUAAAUCUAACUGACAGAAGCAUGGGAAAGAAUCAAGUAUUAAAUAUUUGUACUUCAAAAUGUGUACAUAUGCACAAUACUUCUAACCAAGGUGCAUUCAUUAAAGGUGGUGGCAAAUGUUUUGUAUGUUUGAUUGUCACGGCAAAGUAUUGGAGAAGUAGAAAACAAAGAAUGUAUUCGCCUUGUAUCAUUCGGUGCUGACAGCCACAUG